CGCCAAUGGGGCAAAGCGAGGGCCUCCCGGCAUGCAAAGCGCCCGGGUUGACCUCGCUGACUCCAAGAUGGCGGCGCCCAUGUAGGGUUUCCUUGAGGGAAUCCGAGGGCUGUGAUUUGGCAUCCCUUUUUGCUACCUGUGCCAUAAAACUGGAGGUGCUGAAAAGGAAAAACCGGACAUCAUCAGCCUCAAAGUCUGUGCAGAACUGAUAGCACCAUGUCAAAGCUUGCCCAAGCUGGCAAAGCGGCACUGAAGAUAACUGGUGGAGGUGUCGUCCGGUCAAUCAUCAAUGCUGGACAGGCUGUUCCAGGUCCACCUCUAGGACCUGUUCUUGGACAGUAUGGCAUUCCCAUCGGACAAUUCUGCAAAGAUUUCAAUGAGCGGACCAAGGACUUCAAACCAGGCAUCCCGCUGCCCACCAAAAUCAUCAUAAAGUCUGACAGGUCUUAUGAACUUCAGAUAAACAAACCAACAACCAGUUACUUUUUACUUUCGGCAGCUGGGAUAGAAAAGGGAGCUUCAUCGCCUGGACAUGAAAUAGCCGGGAUGGUGACCCUGAAACACCUGUACGAGAUAGCGCUGGUAAAAUCCCAGGACCACUCAAUUAUGAUCCGCGACUGGCCGUUGGAGACGAUGAUCAGGAGCCUGAUGGGAACCGCUCGAUCAAUCGGCAUCAAAGUAGUGACAGAGUUAAACCCUGAAGAAUACGGAGCCUUUCUGAAGGAGCGCGAGGAGAGGUUGGCAGCCGAGGCGGAAGCCAGAGCCGCUGAACGGGUAGCGAAGAAAAAAGAGAUUGUUGCAGCGGCUGCAACAGCUUGAGAGGUAGAGCCCUCGGGAAGGUGAUAAUUCUAAGCAGGGGGCUUGCCCGCAUCCUCUCAUUGCACGGGAGCCGAUGUUUGCACAAAAUCCCGCAGGUUGAAGAAGCGAAGGAAGAACUGCUCAGUGGCAGGUGACUCGGAGCUGCCAAAACUCGGUUGCUUGUGUCAUUAUCGUCAAGACUCUUUUAA